UUUUUUGCGCAGUCUAUAAUCAGAUGGACUACAUGUGUGCUCGCAGACCAAAUUGCUUCCGGUGGUUAGUCGUCUUGCUGUCUGAGGAAGUAGGAAAACGCCACAUGAUAACAUGUAUCAGAUUGGGAUUUUACAGGGGUUUCGGCGUCUGUCAAAAAACCAGCAACAGAUCAUAAGAAAUCUCCAAGUCGCUGUUCGUCCGAUAUUACACAGCAAUGGGAAUAUUUGCCACACUCAUGCUGCGGUUUUAAGGAGGCAGGAUCAUUUGCUGCAUGAGAUGCGAAGAAGGUCAUUUUUAAAAGCUCGUGCAAAAAAGGUCCAACCAUAUUGUGCUGUUAGAUGGUAUAAACCCUUACCAGCCCAGCCUGAAGAUGGAGAAUUGAUCUACGCAGGCAACCUGGGAAAAGUUGUCCUUGGUGUGAAGUUUUUCUCCUACUCCAGCAGCAUGUGUAGUCUCUGUGUGAUGCCAUAUGUCCUCCUGAAAACAGGCAUAGGUGUAAACAGCUUGGCACUGCAAGCGGUGUUUUGUGGCAUUAUAGGUUUCUUCACAUUUCUGACUCCUGUUCUCCUCCACUUGAUCACCAAAGGUUAUGUAGUACGCCUGUACCACAACAAGGAGACAGACAUGUACACGGCCAUCACUUACAGCGCCCUUCUAAUGGAGAAACGGACUGUGUUCCAUCAGAGUGAUGUCGUUAUCCCUGAUGUCAGUCGGAUGUUCACCAGUUUUUAUGCCAAGAAACGCUCACUGCUGGUCAACCCAAUGCUUUUUCCUCUGCCCCACGACUACAACCACCUCAUGGGUUAUGACCAGCCCUUUUCUUUUGACACAGAUGACCUGAACAAACCAGAUAAAAGUUAACUUGUCCAAGCUAAGUCUGUCCAGUGCUGGUGGGCAACCAAGAUGUCUACUAGGAAUUUCUUUUCAUCGUUUCAAUGGACCGUUGUAAUGUAUUACAUAUUGACAGGCUGGUAUGUCAUCCAGUAUAGUUGUGAUGCAGAAACUUGUACGAGAGUGUAAAUAAAUGA